CUCGGCCGCUGCCCGGGCCGCCGUGCCGGUGGAUGUCAAAGGCUGAAGCGGCGGCGCCGCCACAGUAUAACUCGUGGGGGCUGCGCGGCGGCCAUGGCCACAGCCGCCUCCAACCCCUACAGCCUGCUCGGCUCCGGCUCGCUCGCCCAUGCGGACGGCGCGGGCAUGCAGCAGGGGAGCCCCUUCCGCAACCCGCAGAAGCUGCUGCAGAGCGAGUACCUGCAGGGCGUCCCCGGCAAUGGGCACCCGCUGGGGCACCACUGGGUGACCAGCCUGAGCGACGGCGGGCCCUGGCCCUCGGCGCUGGCCGGCGGCCCGCUGGAGCAGCCCGACGUCAAGCCGGGCCGCGAGGACCUGCAGCUGGGCGCCAUCAUCCACCAUCGCUCGCCCCACGUCUCCCACCACUCGCCCCACGCCAACCACCCCAGCGCCUGGGGCGCCAGCCCGGCCCACAGCGCCUCGCUGGCCCCCCCGGCCGCCGCCGCGGCCGGGCAGCCCCUCAACGUCUACUCGCAGGCCGGCUUCGCGGUGGGCGGCAUGCUGGAGCACGGCGGGCUCACCCCGCCGCCCGCCGCCGCCGCCGCGCAGGGCUUGCACCCGGGGCUGCGCGGCGAGGCCGGCGGCGAGCACGGCGAGCUGGGCGGGCACCACUGCCAGGACCACUCGGACGAGGAGACGCCGACCUCGGACGAGCUGGAGCAGUUCGCCAAGCAGUUCAAGCAGCGGCGCAUCAAGCUGGGCUUCACCCAGGCCGACGUGGGCUUGGCCCUGGGGACCCUCUACGGCAACGUCUUCUCGCAGACCACCAUCUGCCGCUUCGAGGCCCUGCAGCUCAGCUUCAAGAACAUGUGCAAGCUGAAGCCGCUGCUGAACAAGUGGCUGGAGGAGGCCGACUCCUCCACCGGCAGCCCCACCAGCAUCGACAAGAUCGCGGCGCAGGGGAGGAAGAGGAAGAAGCGGACCUCCAUCGAGGUGAGUGUCAAGGGCGUGCUGGAAACGCACUUUCUCAAGUGUCCCAAGCCGGCCGCCCAGGAGAUCUCCUCGCUGGCAGACAGCCUGCAGCUGGAGAAGGAGGUGGUGCGGGUCUGGUUCUGCAACCGGCGGCAGAAGGAGAAGCGCAUGACGCCGCCGGGCGAGCAGCCGCAGCACGAGGUGUACUCCCACGGCGUGAAAACGGACACGGCCUGCCACGACCUCUGACCGCGGCCCGGCGGGCACCGGGGGGGCGGGCAGGACUGCGGGCAGCACUGCGGGCAGCGCCGCCGGGCGCCGGCUUGGGCUUCCCGAGGGGCGGCCGACGCGGGGCCGGGGCUCCCCGCUCGCCGCCUGGGCAAUAGAGUUUUUCCUCUCUCCGACCUUUCUGCCGAUCGGUACACGGUGUUUACUCGCAGACAAGGUUUGGUUUCGGUCUCCGCUAGGACGAAGGAAAAAAAAAAAAGGGGGGGGGGAGAAAAAACCCCAUCACCACCAACCCACAAACGAAAACCCACGAGAAAAAAAAAAAAAGAAAGAAAAAAACCGACAGAAAAGGAAAGACAGAUGUGUGCCUAUGAAUAACCUUCCAGCGCCUUGGUUAUAUCAGCUGUAUUUCAGGUGAAUCUGUUUUACAAUAGACUAGUUUUGCAUUUUUAAAGACUUAUAUAGCGUUUUUAAAUGUCUGAGGUGUUUUACUACAAACUGUACACAAUAUUUGUGACCUAAUUUGUAUCGAAUUGAUCAGUCAAAACGUUUCUCCCUUCCCCACGCACCGGCAGUCACCCAGCGGGGACGGGGCAGGGUGGCCGCGGCCCUAUCGCCCCCCCCAGGGGACGGGGCUCCCUCCGCGCCCGCGGAGCCCCGCGCACCCGGCUGCCGCACGCACGGCUGUGAAGAACAGGCUUAUUUGUUGCAGCUUUUCUCUUCAAGAACUUCCCAGCACCGUCAAACGGUCGGGUUACAGUCCUGACCUCCCCCCUCUUCUCCAAGGGAAAAAAAAAUGCAAUUAUUAUUUCUAAGAGAUUUAUCCGAAAUUAAGCAUUACAAACAAAAUCGUGGCAUUUGCCAGUCUUUUCCUUUCCGAAGAUGAGUUGGGCUUUUUGAUCAGCGCCAGACUGAGAGGUCUGUAGUAAAACACCUUUAUACUUCUGCGCUUUGGCUUCGGAAAUCAGUUUCUCUGUAUUUUGUUUCGAUGGUGAAGAGGAAUGAGGUGUCUCACGGAUUUCGGGGCGGGGGGAGGGAAGGGGACAGAAAACGCCCGCGUUUGGUUCAUGCUGAGCUUAUUUCCGCGUCACAGGGAGAUGCUGGAUUUGUUGAAAAGCUUUCAUUAAAAAAAAACAAACAAAAAACAACAAAAAAAACCCCAAACCCAAACAACAACAAAACAACAAAACCCAAAACGAACAGGGAGAAAAACAAAAAGAAAAAAAUCCCUAAAAUGCUAAAAAAUCACCAUUUUUUCGGCACAGGGAAGUGCUGAGCUGUAACCGCCCCCUCCCCUCCGCCCGGCCGUGGCUGUGCCGUGCACACGGGCGGCGUGUGCGGCGCCCACGCACGAAGGAGAACCGCUGCGUGGGUGCGUGUGCGGGGCACGGCCCAGCUCACCCGCCGUCCCCGCACCCCCCGCGGCCGGGCUGGCUCGGGGCCGCCGGGCAGGGCCGGGCCGGGCCCCCCCCCCCACCCCCCGGCCCGCACCGCAUCCGCACCCCGCUCCGCGGUUCCCGGCGCAGCCCUUCUCCCUCCCCGGCGCUCAGAUUUUUUCCUUUCGACAUUUAUAUUUUUCAAGUAUUUUUCAGUAAGCGCUAAAAAAAAAAAAAGAAAAAAGAAAAACAAAAAAACUCGACACUGAGGACCUGCCUAUUUCUGCCGACUUUAUAACUGUACAGUUUUGUAUAUUAAACGUUUUUUGGAAGUUAUUAAUUUAAAGAAAGAUCAUUUAGUUUAUUCAUUUAGUAACUGAUGUAUAAUAAACGCUAUUUUCAUUAAAGGUUGCUUUUUUCAACUAUUUUAUCCAAAAUUGCCUAUUGCAGUUGCCAACAAUUAUUUAUUUUCAAUAAAUUCCGCAUUAUGUUUAAAAAAAAAAAAA